UAAUGUGAGCCAUGCAUUUAUUUGUUUGUUGGCAACUUCUGCAGAAACGUGUCAUUCAACUCUCUCUCUCUCUCUCUCUCUCACUCAUAUAUAAGUAUGUAUAUUACAUGCAAUUCCAAUAACACGCAACAUCAUAAAGAUGGUAGCCAUUGUUGCUUCUUACAGUGUCUUUCCAAGUAAAGAAACUCCCAAAGGUCAUUUGUGGUUAUCAGACAAUGACCAUGUCUGGCGUUCAGGUCACACACCCACUAUCUAUGUAUACAAAGCCAAACACAGUGAUGACACCAUUCAGAGGUUGAGAAACUCUCUUCCUGAGAUUUUGGUGCACUACUAUCCACUUGCUGGCAGGUUAACCUUACGAGAAACUGGUCGAAUGGAAGUGGAUUGCAAUGCCAAGGGAGUGACAUUGCUUCAAGCUGAAACCACAAAAUCAUUGGCUGAUUAUGGAGAUUUUUCACCUUCUGACUCUGUCAGGGAGCUUGUUCCAAAGAUUGAUUACACUCAACCCAUAGAGGAAAUUCCUUUGUUGCUUGUGCAAUCCACAAGAUUCCAUGAUGGUGAAGGCUUUGUCAUUGGAGUGGCUUUCUGUCACCCUUUGGCUGAUGGGCUUGCUGGCACUCGGUUCAUCAAUUCAUGGGCAAAACUGGCUCGUGGAGAGACACUUGAGCCACAUGAAUUGCCCUACCUUGAUAGAACAAUACUCAAACUCCAACACUCAUCGACAUCACCGUGCUUUGAUCACCCCGAGUUGAAACCUCUACCGUUAAAACUAGGAAGCUCUGAUAUCAAUGCUGAGCAAAGCAAGAAGACAAGUGGUGUGUUACUGAAACUAACGCCAGAACAGGUGCAGAAGCUGAAGAAGGAGGCGAAUGAAGAAGCCUUGGAAGAAGGGGUUAGAGCUUAUAGCAGAUUUGAAGCUAUUGCAGGUCAUGUAUGGAGAUGUGCAUGUAAGGCUCGUGAACUUGAUGAGAAGCAACCAACGGUGGUUCGGUUCAAUGGUGAUGUCCGCAGCAGACUAGUUCCUCCUCUCCCUAGGAAUUACUUUGGAAAUGCUUUGGCUGAAACAGUGUCACCAGAAUGCUAUGUGGGAGAAAUAGUGUCAAAGCCAUUGAGCUAUGGUGCACAAAAGAUAAGAGAAGCAACUAAAAAGCUUAGAAAUGAGUACAUAAGGUCACAAAUGGAGAUUGUGUUAGGAGAGGAGCAAUUGGAUGGUAUAAGGGGUUUCUUCUCGGGACAAGGAGAGCGUAAUAGUUUCCCUUUUGCAGGGAAUCCAAACCUUCAUAUCACAAGCUGGAUGAGCAUGCCAAUGUAUGAAGCAGAUUUUGGAUGGGGAAAGCCUGUGUUUUUUGGGUUGGCAUAUGUCUGUGCACAUGAUAGGGCAGUGAUUCUGCUAGGUCCACAUGGUGAUGGAUCCAUUAUUGUGUCCAUGCAUUUCCAAGAAGCACAUUUGGAGCUUUUCAAGAAAUUCUUCUACCAGAGUUUGUGAAAUUGACCCUCCUUUGGAGAACUAUAUUCAGCUUUGGCACUGCCAAGUUUUACACGUAACUUGAUGAAGUUUUCUGUCUGCUUGAGUUUAUUUUGGAUUGUGUUUUAUGUUCACACACUAGAUCUUUCUAUUUGAAAAUUUUAC